GUGGAAAAUAUAUGGUCCACGUUUUAUGUGGAGAGAUUUUGGUUGGGUACCUUUUUCUGAGGAAAAGGGUUGGCCCUGAAGAAGGAAUUUAUGAGGUUGUGGUGCUUUGCUGUUUCUGAAGCUCAGCUUCACUAAAAGUUGGUGUUUUUAUUUUUAUUUGUGUAUGGAGUUUCUUCUUCAGCUUGAUCGCUCAUUCUAGCUUCCCAAACUUCUCACCUUCAGCUUAAGCUUAAGCUUAAUGCCCCUCUCUUCUUGCUGGAAAUUGUGAAGAACAGGUUUAUAUAACAUUGUCCUUAAGUAAACAUUGUUGUUGUGAAUCUGUUAUAAUCUGUCGAUGGACGGAAGGAGAUACUGUUUGAUAAGAUUAGAUACUUGUGGUUUAGAUAUAUUGCUUUGAAUCUCAAACCACUUGCUGAGAGACUGACAUGCUUGAGCUGGCAUACACAAUCUCAAAGUUAGUUGAAGCUAUAAAUUUUCGUGAUGCUCAAAUUAGAAGAUGCUGGAGGUUUAGAGGACGACUGUUGAUAGGUAGACGGUGACAAAAGCUGGAGCAAUUUUUAUUUGUGCUGUUGUAUUCCAGAUAAACCUGAUGUGCAGUAGACCUCAGGCAAAUGUGUUUAUUACUGAAAGUUUAUGUGCUGCGCUUGGUGUGAUGAUUGCUCGGUGAUAAUGGAAGGUUCAUCUGAUACUGGUUGGCGGAAGUCAUCUGGUUCGAGAGGAUUAAAUACUUCUGCAUCUUCAGAAAGGAAUCUGAGGCUGCUCCAUGUGAGUAGACGUAGCUUAUCAACAGAUGCAUCGCGCAAUUCAGCUUUUGGGAGUGGCCGGAAGGUAAGAGAUGCUCUUGGGCAAGCUCCAAGUGACCAUCUCAGGAAACAGCUUGGUGCUUCUGGUGUUUCAGAGGAUGAGGUAGCGAUGGAUCCUGUACUUCGUAGUAUAGAAUGGGAAGAUGUCAGCUUGAGACAGUGGCUGGACAAUCCAGAACGCAGUGUUGAUGUGAUUGAGUCGUUGCAUAUAUUUAGACAGAUUGUUGAAAUUGUUAGCAGCGCACAUUCUCAGGGAAUUGUUCUAAAUAAUAUACGGCCUUCCUGCUUCAUAAUGUCUUCCUUCAACCAUGUAUCCUUCAUUGAGUCCGCGUCUUGCUCAGAUUCUGGAUCAGAUUCUUUGGAGGAUGGAUUUGAUGGUCAGAAUAUGGAGACUAAACAGCCAUGUUCUUCCUUACCACAUGAUCUACUUGAGCAGAGAAGCAAACCGGGCCAUAAAGAAACCCAACGGAUACCAGAAAGCAGUGGCUCAAAGUCUCAUGUGAUCCAGGCAAUGAAUUUAGCUUCCGCAGAGGAGAGAGCUUGGUGUGAAACUAAGGAAAAUCGAAGCUGCAGGAAGGCUGGAGAAAAGCAGUCUUUCCCAAUGAAAGAACUUUUGGUAAUGGAGACAAGUUGGUAUACUAGUCCAGAGGAGAUUGCAGGUUCCCCAUGUUCCUGUGCUUCAGAUGUUUAUCAUUUAGGUGUUCUUCUAUUUGAGUUAUUUUGCACCUUUAGCUCCAUUGAAGAAAAAAGUGGAACUAUGUCUAGUUUACGACAUCGAGUUCUUCCUCCACAACUUUUGCUGAAAUGGCCUAAAGAAGCUUCAUUUUGUUUAUGGUUGUUGCAUCCAGACCCUUGUAGUCGGCCAAAAACAAGUGAGCUGCUGCAAAGUGAUUUCCUUAAUGAACCUAGGAAUGACAUUGAUGAACGUGAAGCUGCAAUAGAACUCAGAGAGAAGAUAGAGGAACAAGAAUUGUUACUUGAGUUCCUUGUACUGAUGAGACAGGGGAAACAGGAUGCUGCUAAUAAGUUGCAUAAUACGGUUUCCUUUUUGUCUUCUGAUAUUGAGGAAAUUCUGAAUAAACAAAAAGCUUUAAAGGAGAAAGGAGGCACUUUCUCAGGCCCGGAGCGGAUUCGCCGGUCAGCAACAGAUUUCCCUCCACUAAAUACCGUUGAUCAUGAAACAGUAAGGAAUUUGAACGCAACAGAUCAUAACAGGCAAGGAACUCAAAUACAUGAUGUUGUGAAGUAUAGUUUUGAACAAAGUGAAAGUCAUGAUCAGGAAAGUUUGCUUCUGAAGAACUCACGAUUGGUAAACAACUUUAAGAAACUUGAGUCAGCCUAUCUUUUGACAAGGCACAGGCCAGCAAAGCUGUCAGGGAAGCCAGUGGGAGGCCAUUCUCAGCUUAGCAGCAAUAGUAGAGGAUCUGUAGUUUUAACUGAAAAAAGUUCUAGUGUUUCACUAUCAAAGGAGCAUAGGAACAACAAUGGGGAAAGUGGAUGGAUUAGCCCUUUUCUUGAUGGUUUAUGCAAGUAUCUGUCUUUUACUAAAAUGAAUGUUAAAGCAGAUUUGAAGCAAGGGGAUCUCUUAAAUUCUUCCAACCUGGUUUGUUCUGUCAGUUUUGAUCGUGAUGGAGAGUUUUUUGCAACAGCUGGGGUUAAUAAGAAGAUUAAAGUAUUUGAGUGUGAUGCCAUCCUCAGCGGAGAUCGUGAUAUCCAUUAUCCGGUUGUUGAAAUGGCUUGUCGUUCAAAACUUAGCAGCAUCUGUUGGAAUAGCUAUAUCAAAAGCCAGAUUGCAUCGAGUAAUUUUGAAGGCGUAGUGCAGGUAUGGGAUGCUGCGAGAAGCCAAGUGUUUAUGGAACUCAAAGAACAUGACAGGCGGGUCUGGUCUGUUGAUUUCUCGUCAGCCGAUCCAACACUAUUGGCAAGUGGAAGCGAUGAUGGUUCAGUUAAGCUCUGGAGUAUCAAUCAGGGAGCAAGCAUCGGUACCAUCAAAACAAAAGCCAAUGUCUGCUGUGUUCAGUUUCCGAUGGAUUCUGGUCGUUCUCUUGCGUUUGGUUCCGCAGACCAUAGAAUAUACUACUAUGAUCUGCGGAAUCCUAGAGUACCGUUAUGCACGUUGAUUGGGCACAACAAGACAGUAAGCUACAUCAAGUUUGUGGAUUCCACCAAUCUGGUAUCUGCAUCAACAGAUAGUACACUGAAGCUUUGGGAUUUAUCAUCGUGUGCAUCUCGGGUUGUUGAGGGCCCUCUUCAGUCAUUUACUGGACACUCAAAUAUGAAGAACUUCGUAGGUCUUUCCGUAUCAGAUGGUUACAUUGCCACUGGUUCCGAAACAAAUGAGGUUGUCAUCUAUCACAAAGCUUUCCCAAUGCCAGCUCUAUCGUUCAAGUUUAACAGUGUCGAUCCACUUUCGGGUAAUGAAACCGAUGAUGGUUCACAGUUCAUCUCCUCUGUCUGUUGGCGUGGGCAAUCAUCAAUGCUGGUAGCUGCAAAUUCGACAGGAGACAUCAAGUUGCUGGAAAUGGUCUGAUUUUUCGGAGUGCCCACAAGUGGCCAAGGAUAGGUGUAUAGGGAAAUUGAAGGAGUUCCUCUUGAAAGAUUUCUUUUGGGGCGCGAUUGUUUGUUCGAGGUGAAUUGCUUUAAAGGGGGAUUAACCAUUUACCAAUUUUUGAUAUUAGAUCAGAGAAGAUCCUAUUGGUGUGAAGAUACAGAUAUUAUUUGAUGUAAAUAAAUUUUUUAGGCACAAAGAAGGUAAGAUGCAUGAUCAAGCCCUUGUAUAACCUCUUAUAGGUCAAAAGUUCCAUUUAUCACCAAAUAGCAGCCUUCCAAUUAGAGAUUAUGUAAUGCUAAAUUUUCAUUCUGUUUCUCCUAGCUGGGUUACGUAUAGUAGCUAGUUUAGUUAAAAUAAUUAGUCUUUGUUACAGGGACACACUAUGGAACUCAUGCAGGAAUCUAUUGAUGAAUUUUUUACGUAUAUGGACUAUUGGAUUUCAAUUUUAA